AUGCACGAGGAAUACGUUCUCUGUCGCCGUUGCACGUGCACCAAGCUCCGUCGCGAGCUGAUACUUACAUUGCAUGCCCCCACCCCUCGCCCCACGCUACCCCAAAACCCAACCUGCUUCUCUAUCCCCCACCCCUCGCCACACGCUACCCCAAAACCUAACCUGCUUCUCUAUCCCUCACCCCUCGCCCCACGCUACCCCAAAACCCAACCUGCUUUUCUUUCCCCCACCCCUCGCCCCACGCCACCCCAAAACCAAACCUGCUUCUCUACCCCCCACCCCUCGCCACACGCUACCCCCAAAACCCAACCUGCUUCUCUAUCCCCCACCCCUGGCCCCACGCUACCCCCAAACCCAACCUGCUUCUCUAUCCCCCACCCCUCGAACCACGCCAGCCCAAAACCCAACCUGCUUCUCUAUCCCCCACCCCUCGCCACACGCUACCCCAAAACCCAACCUGCUUCUCUAUCUCCAACCCCUCGCCACACGCUACCCCAAAACCCAACCUGCUUCUCUAUCCCCCACCCCUCGCCCCACGCUACCCCAAAACCCAACCUGCUUCUCUAUCCCCCAGCCCUCGCCCCACGCUACCCCAAAACCCAACCUGCUUCUCUAUCCCCCACCCCUCGCCCCACGCUACCCCAAAACCCAACCUGCUUCUCUAUCCCCAACCCCUCGCCCCACGCUACCCCAAAACCCAACCUGCUUCUCUAUCCCCCCACCCCUCGCCCUACGCUACCCAAAAAACCAACCUGCUUCUCAAACCCCCACCCCUCGCCCUACGCUACCCAAAAAACCAACCUGCUUCUCAAACCCCCACCCCUCGCCCCACGCUACCCCAAAACCCAACCUGCUUCUCCAACCCCCAGCCCUCGCCCCAUGCUACCCCAAAACCCAACCUGCUUCUCUAGCCCCCACCCCUCGCCCUACGCUACCCCAAAACCCAACCUGCUUCUCUAUCCCCAACCCCUCGCCCCACGCUACCCCAAAACCCAACCUGCUUCUCUAUCCCCCAACCCUCGCCACACGCUACACCCAAAACCCAACCUGCUUCCCUAUCCCCCACCCCUCGCCACACGCUACCCCAAAACCCAACCUGCUUCUCUAUCACCCUUCCCUCGCCCCACGCUUCCCCAAAACCCAACCUGCUUCUCUAUCCCCCACCCCUCGCCACACGCUACCCCAAAACCCAACCUGCUUCUCUAUCCCCCAACCCUCGCCACACGCUACACCCAAAACCCAACCUGCUUCCCUAUCCCCCACCCCUCGCCACACGCUACCCCAAAACCCAACCUGCUUCUCUAUCACCCUUCCCUCGCCCCACGCUUCCCCAAAACCCAACCUGCUUCUCUAUCCCCCACCCCUCGCCACACGCUACACCCAAAACCCAACCUGCUUCUCUAUCCCCCACCCCUCGCCCCACGCUACCCAAAACCAAACCUGCUUCUCUACCCCCCACCCCUCGCCCCACGCUACCCCAAAACCCAACCUGCUUCUCUAUCCCCCACCCCUCGCCCCACGCUAACCCAAAAACCAACCUGCUUCUCAAACCCCCACCCCUCGCCCCACGCUACCCCAAAACCCAACCUGCUUCUCCAACCCCCACCCCUCGCCCCACGCUACCCCAAAACCCAACCUGCUUCUCUAGCCCCCACCCCACGCCCCACGCUACCCCAAAACCCAACCUGCUUCUCCAGCCCCCACCCCUCGCCACACCCCCCACCCCUCGCCCCACGCUACCCCAAAACCCAACCUGCUUCUCUAGCCCCCACCCCUCGCCCCACGCUACCCCAAAAACCAACCUGCUUCUCCAACCCCCACCCCUCGCCCCACGCUACCCCAAAACCCAACCUGCUUCUCUAUCCCCCACCCCUCGCCACACGCUACCCCAAAACCCAACCUGCUUCUCUAUCCCUCACCCCUCGCCCCACGCUACCCCAAAACCCAACCUGCUUUUCUUUCCCCCACCCCUCGCCCCACGCCACCCCAAAACCCAACCUGCUUCUCUACCCCCCACCCCUCGCCACACGCUACCCCAAAACCCAACCUGCUUCUCUAUCCCCUACCCCUGGCCCCACGCUACCCCAAAACCCAACCUGCUUCUCUAUCCCCCACCCCUCGAACCACGCCACCCCAAAACCCAACCUGCUUCUCUAUCCCCCACCCCUCGCCACACGCUACCCCAAAACCCAACCUGCUUCUCUAUCCCCAACCCCUCGCCACACGCUACCCCAAAACCCAACCUGCUUCUCUAUCCCCCACCCCUCGCCCCACGCUACCCCAAAACCCAACCUGCUUCUCUAUCCCCAACCCCUCGCCACACGCUACCCCAAAACCCAACCUGCUUCUCUAUCCCCAACCCCUCGCCCCACGCUACCCCAAAACCCAACCUGCUUCUCUAUCCCCCACCCCUCGCCCUACGCUACCCAAAAAACCAACCUGCUUCUCAAACCCCCACCCCUCGCCCCACGCUACCCCAAAACCCAACCUGCUUCUCCAACCCCCAGCCCUCGCCCCACGCUACCCCAAAACCCAACCUGCUUCUCUAGCCCCCACCCCUCGCCCUACGCUACCCCAAAACCCAACCUGCUUCUCUAUCCCCCACCCCUCGUCACACGCUACCCCAAAACCCAACCUGCUUCUCUAUCCCCCACCCCUCGCCACACGCUACACCCAAAACCCAACCUGCUUCCCUAUCCCCCACCCCUCGCCACACGCUACCCCAAAACCCAACCUGCUUCUCUAUCACCCUUCCCUCUCCCCACGCUUCCCCAAAACCCAACCUGCUUCUCUAUCCCCCACCCCUCGCCCCACGCUACCCCAAAACCCAACCUGCUUCUCUAUCCCCCACCCCUCGCCCCACGCUACCCAAAAACAAACCUGCUUCUCUACCCCCCACCCCUCGCCCCACGCUACCCCAAAACCCAACCUGCUUCUCUAUCCCCCACCCCUCGCCCCACGCUAACCCAAAAACCAACCUGCUUCUCAAACCCCCACCCCUCGCCCCACGCUACCCCAAAACCCAACCUGCUUCUCCAACCCCCACCCCUCGCCCCACGCUACCCCAAAACCCAACCUGCUUCUCUAGCCCCCACCCCACGCCCCACGCUACCCCAAAACCCAACCUGCUUCUCUACCCCCCACCCCUCGCCACACGCUACCCCAAAACCCAACCUGCUUCUCUAUCCCCAACCCCUCGCCCCACGCUACCCCAAAACCCAACCUGCUUCUCUAGCCCCCACCCCUCGCCCCACGCUACCCCAAAAACCAACCUGCUUCUCCAACCCCCACCCCUCGCCCCACGCUACCCCAAAACCCAACCUGCUUCUCUAG